ACGCGUGGAAAGUCACAAGCAAAUUCCUCAUCUUUAUGUAUACGCGUACAGUGGGAAUGUGGGAGGCGAUGGAAAGUCACAAGCAAAUUCCUCUUUUUAUAUAUAUGUACAAGAUCUACUAUAAUAUAUGCAGACUCUAGAUAUAUAUACUAAUUGCUAUCUAGAUCACUAGCUCCGAGUAAUUUGGCACACAAUUUAGCAAAAAUCCUAUGGCUUCUUCUUUAUCAUCUUCAUCAGUGCCUGGAUCUGAAUAUGAUGUGUUCUUAAGUUUUAGAGGCCCAGACACUCGCAAAACCUUUGUGGCCCAUCUCUACGCCGCUCUGUGUGACAGAGGAAUCAGGACCUUCAAAGAUGACGAAAGGCUUGAGCAAGGAAAAUCCAUAUCUCCAGAGCUCAUCAAAUAUAUUAAUGAAUCAAGAAUUGCUGUGAUCGUCUUCUCCAAAAACUACACUAAUUCAUUAUGGUGCUUGGAUGAACUGGUGGAGAUCCUUGAAUGCAGGAGGACCAAGGGACAGAUAGUGCUGCCCAUCUUCUACGAUGUGAAACCGUCGCAAGUUCGGAACCAGAAGAGAAGUUUUGCGGAAGCAUUUACAUAUAUAUUCCGUCCUAGAGAGAUGGAAAGGGUGGAGAGACGAAGGAAAGCUUUGAAGGAAGCAGCAAAUCUAUGCGGCUUGGAUUUACAAGAUGCAGCAGAUGGGAACGAAGGCAAGUUUAUCAAAAUAAUUGUUCAAGAGAUUUCAAAAAUUUUGCCUAAACCAUUUCAUGUUGCUGAUUAUGAAGUGGGUAUCAAAGAGCGUGUGGAGAAAAUAAUCAAGUUGCUCGGUGAGGAUCAACUCUUUCUUGGAAUUUGUGGAAUUGGAGGAGCAGGCAAAACAACCCUUGCCAAAGCUAUUUUUAACUGUGUAUCACAAAAAUUUGAACGGAGUUGUUUUCUUAAAAACGUGAGAGAAGAGUCAACAAAGGAUGGUGGUCUAGCUAAAUUACAAAGUGAUCUUCUCAAAGAGGUCCUAAUGGAUGAUACUAUAACAAUAUCACAUCCUGAUAGGGGAAUCAAUGAGAUAAAGGAUAGACUUCGUAACAAAAGGCUUCUUCUAGUACUUGAUGAUGUAGAUGAUGAAGAUACAUUGAAGUACUUAGUUGGAGUAGGACCUGAAUGGCUUGGCAGUGGUAGUAGGAUCAUCAUAACAACUAGAAAUAAAAGAUUGUUGGAUACGUACAGUGUUAAGAUAUACGACAUGGAGUUAUUAGAUGGCAGUGAAGCAUUACAACUUUUUAGUUGGCAUGCAUUCAAGCAAGAGAAGCCUAAAAAUGAUUAUGAAGAACUUUCACACCGUGCGAAGGAUUAUGCAGAUGGCCUUCCACUUGCUCUCGAAGUUUUGGGUUCCCAUUUACAUAAAAGAAGCAAAGAUGAGUGGUUAUCUAUAUUAAAUAGGUUGAAGGCCAACCCUCCCAAAAAAAUUCAUGAUGUUUUAAGGAUAAGUUACGAAGGCCUUAAUAAGGAAGAGAAGAAAAUUUUUCUUGAUAUUGCCUGUUUCUUCAAAGGACUCGAUGAGGAAGAUGUCAUGAAAUUUUAUAAAAUGGAUGAAUCGGCAGUGAUUGAGUUAAAAGUACUUAGUGAGAGGUGCCUCAUUAAUAUAUCAAAAGGCAACAAGCUGUCAAUGCAUGACUUGAUACAAGAUAUGGGUCGAGAAAUUGUUGGUCAAGAAUCUGAAAAUCCCGGAAGGCGCAGCAGAUUAUGGUCUUAUGAGGACAUCCAUGAAGUACUCACUCAAAAUACGGUGACAGAAAAUAUUGAAGCUAUUACGCUGCCCAUGAAUGGAGAGUUGCAUGUAAGAGCUGAUGCCUUCACAAAGAUGAGGAAGCUAAGACUACUCAAAAUCAAUGGCGUGCAGCUUGAUGGAUGUCUUACAUAUCUUUCAAAUGAGUUGAGGUAUCUUGAGUGGGAAGGCUAUCCCCAUGAAUAUUUGCCACACAAUUUUCAUCCAAAAAAACCUGUUUCGCUCCAUUUACCUAAUAGCCUGAUCAAAGGAAUUUCCAUGAAUACAAAAUUUAUGGUAAAAGUCCUUAAUUUCAGCGGCUGCGAAAAUUUGGUAAAUCCUAAUUUUCCGGCGUGCCCCAUUUUGGAGGAAUUGUAUCUUAUAGAUUGUACAAAUUUGGUUGAGGUUGAAUUUGAGGCCGGGAAGUCUUUAAAAGUCAUUGAUCUUAGCUACUGUCAAAAUUUGAAGAAGACACCUAAUUUGUCUGUGCUGCCAUGUUUGGAGAAAUUGACUUUUAAGGAUUGUAUAAGUCUGACUGAGGUUCAUCCGUCCAUUGAAUUUCACGAGAGACUUGUUGAGUUGAAUUUUCGCUGGUGUAAUAAUCUGAAGAGUCUCGCAACAAGAAUUCAUUUGAAAUCUGUCGAAAGCAUUGAUCUUAGUUGGUGCUCAAAAGUUGAGAAGUUUCCAGAAAUUCAAGGAGACAUGGAAUGUUUAGAGCGUCUUGAAUUACGUGGUACUGCAAUAAUAGAAUUAUCUCCAUCAGUAGCUAAACAUCUCAAAGGGCUUCGCUCAUUAGAAAUGGGAAAGUGCGAAAUGCUUGAAAGAUUGGCCGACAAUAUACCUCAAUCAGUUGAAUAUCUCAAAGGGCUUGGGAGUUUGCCAAGCAUUAUUGGUGAAAUGAAGUGUUUGGGGAGUCUUCAAUUGAGUGGAUUUGAUAUAAAAAAGUUACCAUCAUCCUUUGCACAGUUGACUCACCUUCAAGUCUUGGGGUGUGAUAACUGCAAUUUAGAUGAAGAAUCCAUUCUCAAUCUUCCUCACUCGUUACGGGAGUUAGAUCUAAGGAGGAACAAAUUUGCUAGCUUAGCAGCAAGCUUCACACAACUUACAAACCUUGCUCAUCUUAAUUUGGAUGGUUGCUUAAGCCUCCAAACAUUGGACUCGUUUCCAUUAGAUAUGCUGUUUGUUUCUGCAGAAGGUUGCUCAUCAUUAGAACGGUGUUCGAUUCCAAAAUGUGAAUUCAGAUCACAUGGCCAAAUUUUGAAUUUUGGUGAGUGCCACAAAUUGAUUGUGAAUGAUGGUAACAAGAAGCCAAAUAUAUACAAUUCAGAAAGUGAACUUCAGGGAAUUCGUGAAAUCGUUGUUCCAGGAAGUGAGAUUCCAAGUUGGUUCAGCCAUACAUAUGAGAGUGGUAGUGAGGAAGGCAUGACUACUCCGGUGGUGUGUUUGAGCAUGGAUCCAAAUUCUUUCCAUUACCUCGAAGGAGUUUAUGUUUGCGUGGUUUUCGGAAGCAAUCAACAACCAUCUGACAUUAAUAAUUAUAUUUAUCUCCAAAUUAAUGGUAAAAGUGGAAGAGUUUGGAUAGGUGAUUGGGUAAAUAGAAUCAGGUCAGAUCACAUGAUGCUCUUUUAUGAAUCAUGUAACCAACUUAUUAAAGAUGAUCGAAAAUGCAAUUAUGAUGGGUGUUACAUUCAGGCUUCAAUUGAAACACCAUUAUUGAAGGUGAAAAAGUGGGGUAUUCAUCCAGAAUGGAAGCUACACAGCAUACCGGAUUCAGAGGUCCACACUCUCUCUCCCCCAAGUGGGCAUUCGAAAAAUAUAAAUAUGAAGAUGAUGUCGAAGAAGAUUCAGAUACUGAUGAAUGAUCAAUCUUAAACAACAUUCAGGAUUUUGAGAAAGCAUUGGGAGAAGAGUGAAGGACUUGUUUAGGUUGGUAUAAGACGAGAUGUUCCAAAUAAGAAGACAAUGAAGAUGGAAAAAGAAGGAUGCUAGCUGCCUAAUGGCUAAGUUUUUCAAAUUUAUUCAUAUGUCUUGUACCCGGUUUUGUUGAUAACCGAUAUUGAAAGUUUUAUAUUAGUUGAACACGGUUUGUUUUAUUUAGAAACUUUGUUUUUGGCAUGAGAUAUGAAUUGUGCCAUCAUCUCAAAAAGAUUGAAUAGUUUUAAUAAGUUUACCUAA